ACCUGUCUAUGGCCCAUUACACCUGGUGAGUUUGGGAUUGUUGCGUCUGGACAAGCGGGAUCAAAGGGGACACACCUGUGCGCUGCCGGCGCUCAGUUCCUCUGCGCAACUCCGGAAGGAUGUUGGCGUCUUCCGCGCCCUGCACGGCUCUUCGGAGUCGCGAUGCUCCGGGGCGGCUCCUCCUGGGUGCCUGCCUGCUGGCCGCGGUGUCGCUGCUGGCCACCUGGUCAGAGGCCUGUGUGCUGCCGCCACCGUUUGAAGCCAUGGAUCCUAUAAAUCCUAAGCCCUAUUAUCACAUUGGGGAAAAAGUGGAGUACAAGUGUAAGAAAGGAUACAAUCGCCUGCCUUUUUAUCUCAUGGUUGCUACUUGUGAGAAGAAUCACACGUGGGUGCCCAUUACCGACGAUGGGUGUGUCAAAAUGAAAUGUUAUUAUCUCAAUCCUCCUCCAAACGGCAGGAUAGACUACAUAAAUGAAACUUUUGCAUGGGGUGAUCAAGUGCUCUUUACUUGUGUCGAUGGGUUUUACUUAGUUGGUAGUGAAAGAUUGAAUUGUGAGCUUAAAGACGAUAAGGUGCGUUGGAGUAGUAGUGUCCCAAAAUGUAAAAAGAUUUUGUGUGGGCCACCUCCAAAGAUAAAAAAUGGAAAUUACACCUUUAAUGACAUCGACGUGUUUGAGUAUUUGGAAGCCGUGACUUACAGCUGUAACCCCGUCCCGGGGCCGGACCAGCUUUCCCUGGUUGGCAGCGAAGUGCUUUACUGUGCUGGCUACGAAACAUGGAGCAGCGCGGCUCCUGAGUGUAAAGUGGUCAAAUGUCCAGCUCCAGUACUUCAAAAUGGGAGACAGAUAUCCGGAUUUGGAAAACCAUUUUACUACAAAGUCACAGUUCAAUUUGAGUGCAUCGCGGGUUUUUACCUUAACGGCAGCGAGACGAUCAUGUGUGGCACUGAAAAUGCUUGGGAACCCUCCAUCCCACAAUGUAUCAAAGGUCCUAGGCCUACUCACCCUGUCAAGCCUCCCGUUUACAAUUAUCCAGGAUAUCCCAAUCCCCGUGAAGGACUAUUUGACCAAGAAUUAAAUGCGUGGAUCAUUCUUCCGAUUGUUCUUGUUGUAGUGGCUACGUUGGCUGUACUGGUUCGUUUCGUGUACAGACUCACUGAACACCACAGUAAAAGCAUCAACCCGACUGCUGACCACAAAGAACAUUUACUUCUCUCUGAGCAGAAGAGAUGAAAGGUUUGCUUUCAUCAUUAAAAGGAAAGCACAGAUUCCAUAGACCACUUUCCAGAACAGCUGCAGCAGCCCCGCAGAGUGGGCAGCCCCCUGCCCGAGCCGGGCCUGUCCGCCAAAGCUCCGGCUGUUUCUCUUCUCACUGUCGUGAAGGCGACUGUUAGGCGGCUGCGGCUGGAGUGGAGGCCUCUGUGCUGCCCGGGCACCGCCACACAUCGGAGAGUGAGCACAGGGCCUGUUUCCCUCCCACACUGUAGGUGAGGGGCGCAGGUCGGCCAGGGCCCCCGUCAUCUCAGGGAGGGGAAGUCAUCUAUUCUACAAAACGUGCAAUUUCAUCAGAGAAACACUCAGUAGUUUCAGUGAAACUGAUUUCACUUGUAAAGAACGGGAUGUUGACGUCUGUUUAAUGCCAACUCUUAAGACACUUCCUUUCGACAGCUCUAAAAUGUAUUUUAUAUAAAACCGCCGUCAAACCUUACAAAUGCGUGUGCGCUCCUUCAGCGCUGAAAAACAAGGACGUGGUAAACUGGAGUGUGGACAAGCCUGACCCCUUUAACUAAGGAAGCUGUUGGAAAAUUGUUUAGACUUCAGGAAGGUAAACUUCAAUAAGGUGAACUUACUAUUAAUUUUUUGGUGACUUCAUUGGUGAUUUAAAGAAGCUAGAAAGUAUAUAUGUGACAACCAUUUUUACUUCUCCAUGGUGACAUCGGAAUGAGAAGCUGGUGAGAUACCACAGCCAGCUGCCCGCUGGUCACAGGUUGGAGACUGCGGCUGCCACUCGAAGAAGAAGUCACGUGGAUGCUUCCCAUGACUCUGCAGCCUGAGGAGACUU